AUGAGAUCACUUCAAAAUGGUGUUACAGCAGGUGAACGUACAAUUAAAGACUUAGAUUUUCCAUGGAUACAACCUGAUAAACCAAUGUUUUUUCAUUGUUCAUUAGGACAAGAAGAAAUUUCUAGUAGUGGUACAUCAUAUCUUAAUCGAACUGAAGCAAAUAUGGUUGAAAAAACUGCAACACGUUUAGUUAAAUCUGGUAUUAAACCUGAACAAAUUGGUAUAAUAACACCAUAUGAGGGUGUGGGUGUGGGUGUGGGUGUUGGUGUUGGUGUGGUUAAAGUACCACUUUAA